AUGAAUGGUGACAUUAGCAUUUAUGGAGAUUCAAUUUCUCCAAAUAGGAGGUCUUUUUCUAUAACAAAUAAUUCAGUUAAUUUAAUUCCUGAAAGAAGCAUACAAACCCUACGUGUUAUAUCAGAUCGAUGUAAUAGACUAACUUUUGUUAGUGGUAUUGUGGUUCCUAAAAAACAAUAUUGUUCAGAAAUAUUAUCCAAUGAAACUUUUAAAGACUUGGGCAAUCAUUUAAAAAAUAUGAUCAACGAAGAUUUAGUUCAGAAUGAAUUCUGUAAGUUGGAAAUGAUCAAGAAUAGUUUUAAUCAUAUUAAAGACGAGUGGGACGAAAUAAGAAACAAAAACAUAGUCCAUAAAAAAAACUUAGAACAGCUUGAAUCCAGAAAAGUUGAUUUUAUUGGAAAUAUAACUUGUUUUCAGUCUAUAUGUGAUAAUUCUAUAUCUUUACUCAGAAACCUAGAGUCACAAGCAAGAAUAAUUGAGGAAUGUAUAUUUCCUUAUCAGCAGUAUACAAUUAUGUAUUAUAAACUACAGAAUGAUAAGUUUUCAAAUAAUUUAAAGGAGGUUUCUAACUGUUUCGAAAUAAUUGACAGCUCAAUUGUUUUUUUCCAAAACCAUACGGAAUUAAAACGCAAAGAUUAUUAUGUGGAUGGUUAUAAAAAAUUAAGAGUUAAGCUCUGUUGUAUAAUUAAAAAUACUAUGAAAAAUAUAUUAAAAGAUUGCCAAGUUAAAAACGAUGUGAAUGAAAACGAUGAUAUUACAGAUAUAAAUUCUCGUCCCAAUUACAAUUCAAAUAGAGAAAAUAAAGGUGAACACAAUAUUUUUUUGUAUUUUACACAAUUAAGAGCUAAAGGGAAACUCUUUAAUGAAUAUAUUAAAUUAUUAAUGCAAAGAUAUAAAGAGACUUUUCAAAAUGAAACUUACAGAUCUACAAUAGAAGAAAUGGAGAGUUACUAUAUUAACUUUAGGAUUUCUGACGAACACUGUGGGGUUAAGUCGUUUAUUAAGUUUGGUUCAAACAAACUAUAUUUUGGUAAAGAUUUUAAAAACUGUUUGGCACUGAAUAUUAAAAAUUUUACCAGGCUAGUAUUAAAUUAUUGCAAAUACGAAUGGAUGGCAUAUAAAUCGUUUUUUUGCUGUGAAGAAACUCGAAAUGGUAAGGAUGAAAAAAAAAUUUAUGAGAUUCAGAGAUUUAGCAGGGAGCUUGGAAAUAAAAUGAACAUUUCCAAAAGGAACAGUAUUGAAUUUAAUAAUUACUUUAGCUCACUAAUUGAAAAGUUUGGCAAUGAAUAUUAUAAUAAAUUAAUAUUGCACAUUAAAGAAACACAAAAAGAUCCGGAAUUAUUGAGAGAAUCAAUUCAAUAUCUGUCGCAAGACAUUUUGAAUAUCUCAAAUGAUUUAUAUCAGUCUGUUUCUUUUCCAGAUAUCUAUUUGUCUUCGCUUCUUCAUUAUAUAUUAAAGCUGCAAAACUCACUAGUCGAACAGUUGAUGUAUUCCACAGAAUUUUUUAUAAAAGAAAAAAUUCAAGAUUACGAAUUGAAAUUUGAAGAGUUAAAUUAUCCAGAAAUAUUGCAGAAAUUCAAUGCAGAUAAAAUAUUAAUAAAAAGCUUUAAAUCUCUGCAAGAUUCUGUUUCUGAUACAUUAAGUAUUCAACAAAAUUCAUCUAAAAUUUUAUUUAGUAAUAAUUCCAUGGAAGAAAUACCGAUAGAAAACUCAGUUCAAUCUAAAUGCAUAAACAAAAAUACAGAACAUCAUUAUAAAAGUGAAUUAUUAACAAAUGUUUCAUUUCCGCCUAAUACAAUUAGGCUUCAAUCUAAUAGUGAUGUAGAGGAUUGCCCAUUUGAUGAAGAUUACUUUGAGAAUGCUCAGGAUGAAUAUGGGCUAAAUAUUAUCGGUAGAAAUGAUGUUCCUUCAAAUGGGAUUGAUCAAAAACAAGUUAAGUCAAUCAACAUAAGUGUCGGAUGUUAUCCUGUUGUAAAGAACUCUUUAUUGGCUCUAUCGUAUAUUGACCAUAUGGUUCCUAAUUCCACUUAUUUAUUUUUAAAUAAAUUGAUUGUUCAAAAGUGUUGCGAUAAGUUACUUUCUGCUAAAGAAUUUAUAUGUAAUGAGUUGUACUUUAGUGAUAAAAUAUCAAGGAUAUAUCAUGGAAAUUUAUUCAUUAUUAGGAAUCUACUUUAUUUAAAAUAUGAGCUUAUUAAUUUAAGUAAAGAAAAUAGCCAAAAAGAUGGAUUCGAAGUUUUGGAAAGUGAUUUAUGUCAAUUAGACUGUAAUAAAAAUAAAUUUUCCAGCAAUGCAGAAAUAACUGAUUCAAACAAUCUUAUAAGUAAUUCCAAUCUUUUUUAUUCUAAGGCGACACUAGACUCAAUUGUUAAUAUUGUUGACGUUCUAAUCAAUUCAAACUUAGAAGAACUGAUUAACAACAUAUGUUCAAAUAUUUCUCUUCCUUUAACAAAAAUUGUACUACAAGUACAUCCCGAAAUCCAAUCUAGUGAUAUAAGUAAAUUACAAUGCACAAAUCACAAGUACAUUCGAGAAUCAACUGACUUGUUUUGGAAAAAUUUGGAACUUCAUAUAAAUUGUUAUAUUUUAAAGUAUAUGAACCUAUAUCUUUCUAUUGCAGGUAAGGAAGAAAUGGAAACAUUAUUUUCAUUGUUAAUUUCAGAAAAAUGCCCUUAUGAAGAGAAUUCAAAAAAAGAUAUUGGAAACAAACCUUUAAACGAACCCAGCAGUUUUGGUUCAAUUAAUAUUCUAAAUUCGAAUAGUUCUGAUUUGUUGGGAUGUGAAUAUGGUAAAGCAAAUCUAAACUCUAUCAUCUCUUUUUUACCAAACCCACUGUCAAUAUUUGUAUCCAUCAAGGAAAUUUUAAUUGGUGUAAUUUCUGAGUUUGACCAUGUAUUAAACAAGAGAUUAGGAGUUGAAAAAAGCAUUAUAGAAAAUGAAUUGGGUUGGAAAUUUCAAGACAUUAUAGACUUCUUAAUUUCAGUGGAAAAAAAACUUAGUGAUUAA